UCCGUCAGAGCCCCAUCUCUCUUUUACAGCAGUGUGACUUGUGCAUAUGUGUGUGUAGUGUGGCCGUCCGCCGCGAGUGUGUUGAUAACUGGGAAGUGGCAAAUAUACAUCACAGCAAGCGCGACAUUGUCGUCCAGGUUGUGAGAUAUAGUGAGCAAAGCAAGUGUAUGCCGACUUAAGCUCCGGGCUCUUCCUGCCUCAGGGAGCGCCCGUAAAAAAAGCUCAGAGGUGCAUUAACCAAGGGAGGAUUUGUUAAGCCGAGGAACGGCGCGACGAAAGCAAAAAAAUGACAACCGAUAUCUCGGUGCAGCGUACCGGCUGGGAUCCGACUCUCCAGCAGGAGAUUGUCGACGAGUACGAGUACGAUGGUGGCAAUUCUAGUUCCAGACUUUUCGAACGAUCGCGCAUCAAGGCACUUGCCGGUGAGCGUGAGUUAGUCCAAAAGAAAACCUUCCAAAAAUGGGUGAACUCUCAUUUGGUGCGUUGUUCAGCGCGCAUCGGCGACCUGUACGUCGACCUUCGCGACGGCAAGAUGCUAAUCAAACUUUUGGAAAUCUUGUCAGGCGAGCGCUUACCACGUCCAACAAAAGGCAAAAUGCGCAUUCACUGUUUGGAGAACGUGGACAAAGCAUUGCAAUUCUUGCGCGAGCAACGCGUUCAUUUGGAGAACAUGGGUUCGCACGACAUCGUCGAUGGCAAUGCAAGGUUGACGCUUGGUCUCAUUUGGACGAUAAUCCUACGUUUUCAAAUUCAAGAUAUUACCAUCGAAGAGACGGAUAAUCAGGAGACGAAGAGUGCUAAGGAUGCGUUAUUAUUGUGGUGCCAGAUGAAGACUGCUGGCUAUCAUAACGUGAACGUGAGGAAUUUCACGACAUCGUGGCGCGAUGGGCUGGCAUUUAAUGCUAUUAUUCACAAACACAGACCAGAUCUCAUUCAGUUCGAUAGACUGUCGCGGUCUAAUGCUAUUUAUAACCUGAACAACGCCUUCAAUGUCGCCGAGGACAAACUUGGUCUUACAAAGUUAUUGGAUGCUGAGGAUAUAUUCGUCGACCAUCCUGACGAGAAGUCCAUUAUCACUUAUGUUGUUACUUAUUAUCACUACUUUUCCAAGAUGAAGCAAGAGACUGUGCAAGGAAAGAGAAUCGGCAAAGUCGUUGGCAUCGCAAUGGAAAACGAACGUAUGAUCCGCGAGUACGAGAGUUUGACAAGCGAAUUGCUCAAAUGGAUCGAGUCGACCAUCACAGCUCUUGGUGACCGUCAAUUUGCCAACUCCUUGAUGGGUGUCCAAGCCCAAUUGUCUCAAUUCUCCAACUACCGAACUGUCGAAAAACCACCGAAAUUCGUCGAGAAAGGUAAUCUCGAAGUUCUUCUGUUCACUCUGCAAUCGAAAAUGAGAGCCAACAACCAGAAACCAUACACGCCCAAGGAAGGCAAAAUGAUUUCUGACAUCAACAAAGCUUGGGAAAGGCUUGAAAAAGCUGAACAUGAGAGAGAAUUGGCUCUUAGAGAAGAAUUGAUUAGACAGGAGAAACUUGAUCAACUGGCUGCUAGGUUUAACAGAAAAGCUUGCAUGAGGGAGACUUGGCUGUCUGAGAAUCAACGACUGGUGUCUCAAGACAAUUUUGGAUUCGAUUUGGCAGCAGUGGAAGCAGCAGCCAAGAAGCACGAAGCCAUUGAAACCGAUAUAUUUGCUUACGAAGAGCGCGUACAGGCAGUAGUAGCCGUAUCACGAGAACUCGAAGCUGAGAAGUACCACGACAUUGAACGCAUCAACGCACGCAAGGAUAAUGUUUUACGUUUGUGGAACUACCUGUUGGAGUUACUCCGUGCUCGAAGAUCUCGUCUUGAGCUGUCAUUGCAAUUACAGCAGAACUUCCAAGAGAUGCUGUACAUUCUCGACAGCAUGGAAGAGAUAAAGCUGCGUCUGUUAACAGAUGACUACGGCAAACAUCUUAUGGGUGUUGAAGAUCUGCUACAGAAGCAUUCACUUGUCGAGGCAGAUAUCAACGUUCUUGGCGAAAGAGUCAAGGCUGUCGUGCAGCAAAGUCAACGCUUUCUUGAACAAGAUGAAGGUUACAGACCAUGCGACCCAUCGAUCAUCGUUGAGCGCGUGCAACAAUUGGAGGAUGCUUACUCCGAACUUGUUCGUCUUGCUGUGGAGAGACGAGCUCGUCUUGAAGAGUCGAGGAAGCUGUGGCAAUUCUACUGGGACAUGGCUGACGAGGAGAAUUGGAUCAAAGAGAAGGAACAGAUUGUUUCCACAGGUGAUAUCGGUCAUGACUUGACUACCAUCAAUCUUUUAUUGUCCAAACACAAGGCUACUGAAGGAGAGAUCAACUCGCACGAGCCGCAACUUAUGUCUGUGGUGGCUGUUGGCGACGAGCUUGUUCGCGAAAAACACUUUGGAUCUGAUAAAAUCCAAGAACGUCUUCAGGAAAUUCUGAAGAUGUGGAAUCACUUGUUGGAUCUCACUUCUUUCAGAAAGAAGAGACUCGAGGAAGCUGUUGAUUAUCAUCAAUUGUUUGCCGAUGCUGAUGAUAUCGAUGCCUGGAUGCUCGAUACUCGAAAACUCGUGUCGUCUGAAGAUGUUGGUAGAGAUGAAGCUAAUGUGCAGUCACUACUGAAGAAACACAAAGAUGUGUCUGACGAACUAAAGAAUUAUGCCCAGACUAUAGAACAACUGCAUCAACAAGCUUCUCAACUCGGCGAACAGGAUGCCAAGUCACCCGAAGUUAUCGAUCGACUUGCCAAAAUCGAUGCGAACUACAAAGAGCUUCAAGAACUCGCUAAGAACAGGAAGCAGAGGCUGCUUGAUGCUCUUUCGCUCUAUAAGCUUCUCAGUGAGAGCGAUGGUGUGGAACAAUGGAUCGGCGAGAAGAACAGGAUGCUCGAUACUAUGGUACCUGCCAAAGACAUUGAAGAUGUUGAGAUCAUGAAGCAUCGUUAUGAUGGAUUCGAGAAGGAGAUGAAUGCUAAUGCAUCGCGUGUUGCAGUUGUCAACCAAUUAGCGAGACAACUAUUGCACGUAGAGCAUCCUAACUCGCCACAGAUUAAUCAACGCCAAAACGAGCUUAAUCAGAAAUGGGCAGAGUUACGCGAUAAAGCAGAAUCCAAACGCGAGGCUCUCAACUCAGCUCAUGGCGUUCAAACCUUCCAUAUUGAGUGCCGCGAAACAGUCUCGUGGAUAGAAGAUAAAAAACGUAUCCUUCAAGAAACCGAUUCCCUCGAGAUGGACCUCACGGGUGUCAUGACCCUACAGCGUCGUCUCAGUGGUAUGGAACGUGACUUGGCUGCUAUUCAAGCGAAAUUGGAUGCUCUCGAGAAGGAAGCACAAGUCAUUGAGAAAGAUCAUCCAGAAGAGGCAGCUGUUAUCAGAGAGAGGAUUACUCAGAUUCACACGAUUUGGGAACAUCUUACGCAGAUGCUUAAAGAGAGAGACGCGAAACUUGAGGAAGCUGGUGAUCUGCACAGAUUCCUUCGUGAUCUCGAUCACUUCCAGGCUUGGCUUACAAAGACUCAGACCGACGUUGCUAGCGAAGAUGAACCUGUUAGUUUGGCCGAUGCAGAGAAGUUACUCGCUCAGCAUCAGAACAUCAAGGAAGAGAUUGAUAACUACACCGAUGACUAUCAAAAGAUGAUGGAGUAUGGUGAGAAAUUGACGAGUGAGGCAAGCGAAGGCGAUACUCAGUACAUGUUCUUGCGUGAACGUCUUAACGCUCUAAAGAUGGGCUGGGAAGAGCUACAUCAGAUGUGGGCUAACCGUCAGAAUUUACUUUCAAACGCUCUUAACUAUCAGGUGUUCGAACGUGAUGCUCGUCAAGCCGAAGUUUUGCUCUCUCAACAAGAACACUUCUUGGCAAAGGACGAAACUCCGACCAACUUUGAACAAGCGGAAAAUAUGAUCAAACGUCACGAGGCAUUCAUGACUACUAUGGAUGCCAAUGACGAAAAGAUUAACUCUGUUGCUCAAUUCGCUGCAAGACUCGUCGAUGAUGGACAUGUUGCUUCCGAUAAGGUCAAACGUAAAGCUGAAUCCAUUGGUGAACGUCGCAACAACAACCGUGACAAAGCUCAACAGAUUAUGGAUAAAUUACGCGAUCAGCAACAACUCCAACUUUUCUUGCAAGAUGUCGAGGAAUUGGGUGAAUGGAUACAGGAAAAACAUAUUACAGCCCAGGAUGAGACAUACCGAAGUGCCAAGACCGUGCACAGCAAGUGGACUAGGCAUCAGGCUUUCGAGGCUGAAAUUGCCAGUAAUAAAGAUCGUUUAGAGCAGCUUAAAUCUGACGCUGAAAAACUUAUUCAACAAAAGCCUGAACUUGCUGAAAUUAUCCAGCCCAAAGUUCAGGAGUUAGCCGAUCAGUUUGAGGAACUUGAGAAAACUACUCACGAGAAAGGAGAAAGGCUAUUUGAUGCUAAUCGAGAGGUUCUUAUUCACCAGACUUGCGAUGAUAUAGAUUCCUGGAUGAACGAACUUGAGAAACAAAUCGAGAGCACGGACACAGGUUCGGAUUUGGCCUCGGUGAAUAUCCUAAUGCAGAAGCAACAGAUGAUAGAGACCCAGAUGGCGGUGAAGGCCCAACAAGUGACAGCACUCGACAAACAAGCCGAGCACUUACAACAAACAGUCCCAGAUGAGAAGAUGGAAGAGAUCAAGUUCAAGAAGGAAAAAGUUGCACAACGCUUUGCACAGCUCAAGGAACCGCUUGUUGAGAGACAAAAACAAUUGGAGAAGAAGAAGGAAGCUUUCCAGUUCAGGCGAGAUGUCGAGGACGAAAAAUUGUGGAUUGCCGAGAAGAUGCCACAAGCUACCAGUAAGGAGCACGGUAACUCACUGUUCAAUGUGCAUGCUCUCAAGAAGAAGAAUCAAUCGUUGAGGACGGAAAUCGACAACCACGAACCACGUAUCAAUUUUGUCUGUAAUAAUGGCAAAAAAUUAAUUGAUGAAGGUCACGAGGACAGUGCUGAAUUCCGCAGAUUGAUUUCCGAACUCAACGAGAAAUGGCAAGAAUUGAAGGACGCUAUCGACGAGAGAAACUCCCAACUGUUACAGAAUGAGAAAGCACAGCAAUACAUCUUCGACGCGACUGAAGCUGAAUCUUGGAUGAGCGAACAAGAACUUUACAUGAUGGUGGAGGACCGUGGUAAAGAUGAAAUUUCCGCACAAAAUCUCAUGAAGAAACACGAAAGUCUUGAGAAUGCUGUCGAAGAUUACGCUGAGACUAUUAGGCAGCUUGGAGAGACUGCAAGGCAGCUUAUCAGUGAUCAGCAUCCUCUUGGUGAUCAAAUUGCCGUUAAACAAUCACAGGUUGAUAAAUUGUAUGCCGGUCUGAAAGAUCUUGCUGGUGAACGUCGUGCCAAGCUUGACGAAGCCCUUCAACUGUUCAUGUUGAACCGCGAGGUUGACGACUUGGAGCAAUGGAUCGCCGAACGCGAAGUGGUCGCUGGCAGUCACGAGUUGGGUCAAGAUUAUGACCACGUCACCCUUUUAUGGGAACGUUUCAAGGAAUUCGCACGAGACACUGAAGCGAUUGGGUCGGAACGUGUAUCCGUUGUCAACGGUAUCGCCGAUUCAUUGAUCGCUGCUGGUCACUCUGACGCUGCCACCAUUGCCGAAUGGAAAGAUGGUUUGAAUGAAGUUUGGCAAGACUUGUUGGAGCUCAUCGAGACACGCACACAAAUGUUGGCUGCAAGCCGUGAGUUGCAUAAAUUCUUCCACGAUUGCAAGGACGUUCUUGGGCGUAUCCUCGGGAAACAGAAUGCCAUGUCUGAUGAACUUGGACGUGAUGCCGGUUCUGUUUCCGCUCUUCAACGAAAACAUGGCAACUUCAUCUCCGAUUUAUCAACUCUACAGAGCCAAGUGUUACAGAUUCAGGAAGAAUCUGCUAAAUUGCAGGCUAGCUAUGCUGGCGAUAAAGCACGGGAAAUCACAAAUCGCGAAGCUGAAGUCGUUGCUGCUUGGAAUAAUUUGCAGUCUCUGUGCGAAGGACGUCGUACUAAAUUGGAGGAUACUGGAGACUUAUUCAAAUUCUUUAACAUGGUGAGAAACCUGAUGAUUUGGAUGGACGAUGUUGUCAGACAAAUGAAUACCAGUGAAAAACCAAGAGACGUCAGUGGAGUUGAGCUAUUAAUGAACAAUCAUCAAAGUUUGAAAGCUGAAAUUGAUGCGAGAGAAGAUAAUCUCCUAAGUUGUAUCAACUUGGGCAAAGAUUUAUUGUCGAGAAAUCACUAUGCUAGCUCGCAGAUCAAGGAGAAACUUACAGCACUCACAGAGCACAGGAAAGCACUGUUACAUCGCUGGGAAGAACGCUGGGAAAACUUGCAGCUUAUUUUGGAAGUGUACCAGUUUGCACGCGAUGCCGCCGUCGCAGAAGCAUGGUUGAUUGCUCAAGAACCGUACCUUAUGAGUCAAGAACUUGGACACACAAUCGAUGAGGUCGAAAAUCUAAUCAAGAAACACGAGGCAUUUGAAAAAUCGGCAGCUGCACAAGAAGAAAGAUUCAGUGCUUUGAAACGUUUGACCACAUUUGAACUUCGAGAAAUGAAAAGACGAGAACAAGAAAGAGAAGAAGAAGAAAGGCGCAAAAAAGAAGAAGCAGCCGCUGCGGAAGCCGCAAAACUGGCCAAAGCAACUCCAGUCGCUAGCCCAACAGGUGAAGCAGCUAGCGAAAGGGUGGAAGCAGACGGAGUUCAAACUAAAGACGACGAUCAUGCGGCACCACGUAAAGCUUCCACGGCGAAGGCUCAAGAGAAGCCCAAGGAAGUAGAGCAUGUCCAAAAGAGUCCAAGGAAACAAGUCCCAGGUGACAUACCUAUAUCACAAUCACCAUCCCCAUCGAAGCAUCGAGCCUCACCUUCCACUCCCACAACACCGAGAGGUGGCUCGGAGUCUGGUACAUUGAGACGCAAGGAUCGCAGUCGUAGCAAGUCACCGUUUAGAAGCUUUCGUUGGAAGAAACAGCCCAAGUCGCCUAGUCUUGAUCGCAGCCAAGGUGCCAGUGACGACGAGUAUGAAGCUCGAAGCCCAAGCGACGACGAGUUCGAAGGCGUGCUGGUGCGUAAACACGAGUGGGAGAGUACGACCAAGAAGGCCAGUAAUCGAUCUUGGGACAAAAUAUACAUGGUAGUGCGUGGUCAAACCCUCGUUGCUUACAAAGACCAAAAGUCGUACAAAUCGGCACCCGAUCAGAUUUACAAGGGCGAGACACCGCUCGAUCUCAAGGGCGCUAACAUUUCGAUCGCCAGCGAUUAUACUAAGAAGAAACAUGUCUUCCGCGUCAAAACGCAAAGCGGAGCGGACUUCCUAUUCCAAGCGAAAGACGACGCCGAGAUGAACGAAUGGGUUGCGUCAUUGAAUCAAGCAGCUCAGGGUGCCUCGGCGGCAGGCACCUCCCGAGCGCACACGCUGCCAGCGCCAACACAAGCUGAAACCAAGAGACGCAGCUUCUUCACCCUUAAGAAAAAUUAAAUCGAAGCAGCGAAAAUUUGACGCAAGAUAAAUUAAAGAAAACCGCCCAAAAGCUCGAUGUGCGUCUCAACGCGCGAGACGACGCAUGAAGAAAUACAAUAUACACAUAAAUUUACACAUAUACACGUACGAAUUUCAUACAAAAGACACAAACAACAAGAAGAUGAAACCUUCAAAACAGAAGAAUAUUUCGUAGCUCUACUUAACUAAAAGCCACGCUAAUAAACCGAAUGAAGAGUUCUGGGCACACAUAAUUAUUAAAAAAUGAAUUAAUUAGAGAAGAACAAGAUCCUAAAAAGGAACUCUGAUUUAAGCAAAGUAAUCGCUAAAAUAGAGAGAAAAAAAAAUAAAGAUGUUUAAAAAUUUUAAGAAUGUCCCAAGUUAGUGCGAUCGAUUUUUCUACUUAGACGUUGAGAAGAAAAAAGAAAUAUCUAUGAUAAAAAAUUUAUCCAUUCGGCAUCAUCUACAUACAUAUAUUGUAAUAUGAGCAUGCAUAUAUUCACACUGUGUGGAAGUUCGAUCGUCGAUGCAUGAAUUUUACACACCAAACGUUCUACAAACGUGUAUCAAGAUGUAAUAAGGACUGUGUCUGUUAUUUUCUUUUUUUUGCCUGUUUGUCUGAAUUAUAUUAUUAUUGUGUUAUAUGGUGUAUUAUUUAUCAGACGCAGCUUUUAAGAGGAGAUUGCCAAUUCACUUUUUGGUUAAUUUUAGGACAGUUUUUUAUUGUAUGAACGAUCAAUUGAAAAACAAAAAUGUAUUGUCCUUUUUGUACUUCUCGGCGAACAUUUUCUCAUAAUCGAGCAGAACUAAGUUUCAGAAAACUUUUUACGUAUGUUAUUUGCUUGAACUCGUGAAAGUUUAUUCGCUAGAACUUUUAUUUUACUUACGAAACUAUACUCAGCUGUCCACGUUCUUUUUAUACGAAAACGAUAAAAAACAGAUAUAUCUGAGACAGCAAUACUCUGUUCGUAGUCACGAGUUUGUAUGCGUUGUGUAAAGACAACAUAAGAAUCAUGAAAAAACAAUCUCUUCUGUGUCCGGCAUUAUCUAAAAUAUGUGAAUUUUAUGUGCACUGCCCUUCAAUCCAAUGUGUUGUUUUUAUUUUAACGUCGGCGACUUCCCCCUUUAAUUGCCAUAUGUAUUUUUAUUAAGAGCUUAGCUGCGCUAACUUGGGAUAAUGUAUGAGAUAUAGUGUAUAACGAUUGUUAAAGUCAAACAUUGUCAACAGAAGAAGAGAGAAAGAGCGUCAAAAAUUGUUUAAUCACUUCGUAAAAAAAAUAUUAUCUGUAACGAAAAAAAGUUAAAAAUGUUCUCCCAUAUUAGCAUAAAAGACAAAAAAUUAAGACAAAAUGCAUAUACAUGAAUAUAUUUAAUUCUUUGAGGCUUUUGAAGACACGCAAAAGCUUUGUAUACUUAUAUAAGUAAUGUGAAUUGUGCGAUCGAAUCGUGUAGUAUAUUUGAUUACUGUUUUGUCCUUUUUAUAAUUGCGAAUCUGUAUCCUUGCGGUAAACAAAAAAAUUGUUUUCUAAAGAAUUAUACUUUUGAAAAUUCUUAAAAAAGUACUCUAGCUGCAAUAUUAUGAGGUCAACUUUACGUCUAUUAAAAAAGAUUGAAGUAUAAUGCCUUUAUUUUCUUGAUGAUUAUACGAUAAAUGUCAUAUCGCUAUGAAGCAUUGAGCAUCGUUUUACCUGAAAAGUCAGAUAUUGUUGUUGAGAGAAAAAAUCUAAGAAGAAAGUAAAGAAAAAGAAAAAAAUAGAUCUUGUACUACGAGAGAAUUGUACAUAAAAUAUAUGUGAAUCUCUAUUGCACAAGAAUCUUUUUGAAGAGAGACAACAAAGGCAGCAUACACAUGUUAUUAUAUAUAACCUUUAUUUUGAAUGACUUUUAAUCUGCUUUAAUCGCGCGAAUCUAUAUUACAUAUAAGACAUUUUAUUUAAGUCUAAAAAAGAUUGCAUCGCUUAAAUUAAAUAUAAAUUUAUAAUAUCAAUGAUUAUCGCUGUGCUUUCCCUUCACUUUUACUUUUUCUUUUACGUAUAGUUUAUAAAUAUUAUAUUAUGCUUCUAACGGUAAGAAAAAAUGUAUAAGUGAGACAGAUCAAUUGACUAUAAUAAUAAUACACAGCAUUAAGAAACAAAAUUUUCAAGACGGCUCCUCUUUCAUUUUUUCUUAUACAAAACUACUGCAUAUUAAAAAAAGCGCUUGUUGGUCAGUUUCUCUGAAUGAAUGUAUCGUAGCUCGUCUUCUCUACUCAUUGUCCGAAAAAAGUUAUUAUAAGAUGGAAAAAAAUCAAACUUAAAACUAUCAUCGCGUUUAGAAGUAUCAACUACAGUGAAUCUACUUAGAUAAAAAACAUUCAUAUUCAAUAUACAUUGCGAUACGUAUUAUCAAGAUCAUUGACAUAAAAAUAAACUCACCAGCAUUUCAAGAUAAAAAAACGAAGUGUUUUAAAUGUUCAGCUUGCUACUAUAAAUGACAGUGAAUACAAUAAAAUAAAAAAAGAGAUUGAUCGGUACUACGAGAAACAGGAAACAAGAGCUGAUAAAACUGCCAGUAAGCCAUAAGAAGGGCCUUGAGUAGCUUGAUAUGUUUAGAUAUUUAGUAUCGAGUUGUUGAUGCAAAAAAAUGGUAUAAAAUGGUAUAAUGAUAAAAACUGCGGAGACUGGAUUUGCUUGUAUGAGUAUUGAAAAACAGCUGUCAAGAGUAAAAUCAAAUACGACUUACUGCUAUAAUAAAUCGUUGUUGGAAUAA